UUCGGUGAUAAAAGAUCCUGCGGAAAAAUGAGCGACCAUCAAAUGCCGGUUUUUAAACGAAUGAAUUUGGCCCAAACGAAUUCUAUCGCUGGUAACAAGAAGCGCACCUGGAAGUCCCUCAAGCAGAUUACGGCCUACGAACGCACGCUUCCUUGGAAGGAUACGGACGUGACUUAUUCCUCCAUUAACGCACCGCCCUCGUUCGUUCCGGCCAAAAAGUACUCGGACAUAUCCGGCCUGAUUGCCCCGUACACCGAUCCGCAAACCAAGCUGCACUUCCACAAUGCGGAAGAGUUCCAGACGGUCCGGAGCCUACCGAUGGAUCUCACCGCGGGCUUUCUGGCGCUGCGAGGGGCAAGCAGUAUUGUUUAGAAUUACUACUUUAGA